CCGCAGAGCAGCCGCCUGAAGCCCCGCCCCGCGCCCGGGGCAGCGCCCGCCCCUUCCUGCGCGCCAGGUCCCCGCUGCAGCCUCCCCUGUUCUGCUCUGGCUUGCCGCGCCAUGCAGCCCUGCCGCCCGCCCGCGCUGCUGCUGCUGCUACUGGCGGCCCUGGCGCGGGGGCAGGAGGCGGCGGCGAGCGGGUCCCUGAGCGCCUACUUCGGUACCAAGUCUCGCUACGCGGAGGUGAACCCGCACCUGCUGCGGGACCCGCUGGCGCCGCCCGCCUCGGGGCAGCUGCUGCCCGCCGCCGCCUGCGCCCCGCUGCAGCUGCGCGCCCUGGCGCGGCACGGCACGCGCUUCCCCACGCGCAAGCAGAUCCUGCGGCUGGGCCAGCUGCACCGCCGCCUGCGCGCCGCGCCCGCGCCCUGCCCCGCCGCGCAGCGCCUCGCCGCCUGGGACCUGUGGUACCGGCCCGACAUGGACGGGCGCCUGGCCGAGCAGGGCCGCCGCGACAUGGAGCACCUGGCCCGGCGCCUGGCCGCCCGCUUCCCCGCCCUCAUCUCGCCGCGCCGCCGCGCCGCCUUCCUCAGCAGCUCCAAGCACCGCUGCGUGGAGAGCAGCGCCGCCUUCCGCCAGGGGCUGCCCCCUGCCCCAGAUAUGGAGAACCAAGUUCUUGAAAUUAAUGAUAAAUUAAUGAGGUUCUUUGAUCACUGUGAGAAGUUCAUAACCUGUAUAGAAGAAAACAGAACAGCUUUGCAUCAAGUGGAUGCCUUCAAAAAUGGUUCCAAGAUGCAAAACGUUUUGGAAAAAAUUGCCAAUACCUUAUGUCUACCAGUGAAUGAGUUGAAUGCAGAUCUGAUUCAAGUGGCUUUUUUCACCUGUUCAUUUGAGUUGGCUCUUAAGAAUGUGACCUCUCCUUGGUGUUCAAUCUUUGAUGAAGAAGAUGCUAAAGUACUGGAAUACCUGAAUGAUCUAAAGCAAUAUUGGAAAAGAGGAUAUGGCUAUGAUAUCAACAGUCGUUCUAGCUGCAUUUUAUUUCAAGACAUCUUCCAAAAAUUGGACAAAGCAGUGUCGGAGAGUAAAAGUUCCAUGCCCAUUUCUUCACCUGUAAUUCUGCAGUUUGGACAUGCAGAGACCCUCCUUCCACUGCUUGCUCUCAUGGGUUUUUUUAAAGAUGACCAGCCCCUUACUGCUAACAAUUUCGAUAAACAAAUGAAUCGUAAGUUUCGCACUGGUCGUAUUGUGCCCUAUGCAUCAAACUUGGUGUUUGUACUUUACCACUGUGAUCAAGCCAAGACCCCAAAAGAAGAGUACCAGGUGCAGAUACUGUUGAAUGAAAAGGUGAUGCAGCUUCCUCACUCUGGGGAAACGGUCUCUUUCUAUGCAGACCUGAAGAACCAUUAUAAGGACAUCCUUCAAAACUGCCAUUUCAAUGAAGUUUGUAAAUUACCAAAAACUAAUACUAAUACCACCGAUGAACUUUGAGGAAGCUAAAUGGAUCAAAUACUAUGGAAACUGAACUUGAGUGUGCAGUCCAGCAGUAAUCAUGAACAAGCAUUUUUAAUUGGUGUAUAUUUGACUUGGUGUUGAUAUAUUGACAUUUUAAACUUGCAUUUCCAAACCAGUGACAAAUACAUAUUUCUCUGAUUUGGUUAGCUUAAUACAAGCACUUAGCAAGCAUAUGUUGCCCAUGUAUUGCCUCAAUAUGGUUACAAAAACAGAUAAAUCGGCAUGAUUGUUUGGGAAAAGCAUUUGUUACAAGCACAAAGAUGCAAGGUAACGUGUAUUUUUUUUUGCUGUGAUAUGUAUUAAUAUAUAAAUAUUGGACAUUCCUCAUCAGGGGAUACAAUAGAUGGACUUGGAGUCUGGGGAAAAAGUUUAUUUUACCAGAGCUGCAGUUAGUGUGAUUGAUAGCACUUCUCUUUCAGUCUGUUUUUCCUUUGUGUUCUCCUACCCCAUAAUGACCCCUUCUAGUAUGCAAGAGUAUUUUUGGCUGCCUUUCAUGGGUGCUCAUCAAGGAGAAGGUGCAAAGUGCUUUCUUCCUAGUUGCUGUCUAGGUAGGAACUAGGCAUAAUUCUAAUUCUUGUGCUUCUGUGAAAAUAGCUGCUUCUCUUGCUAAUGAACCCAUGGGCUUAUUCAGACCCAAGAGGGACAGGAAGGUGAAUUUUCAGAAACUAAAUCCCACUUCCACCAAACUAACCGACCUCAUCAGUCCCUGAGGGAAGUGCACAGUGCAUUCUCUAAGGUGGCAAUGUAGUAUUCAUGUUCUCUCAAGUGUUCUUGUUGUGCCUUCCUUGAUCUUUAUUGCAUUCUCUUUUUAUUAAUUUAGGUUAGCGCAUGCAGAUAUUCUCUUAAGCCUUGCUGAGACUGGAUAUCUUUGUCCUCUGGCAAGUAGUGAUUUUUUUUUUUUUGUAUUCCAGCAACUAUUGAGCAAAGAUUUGUAAAUUUUCACUUCCAGCGUGUCCUAAAGUAGUAAAUGUAGUAUCCUGUGGGCUUGCUUUGUCCAUGUGCCAGCCAAACUUUGGUCGAAGAUUGUUUGUUCUAAAGGAGUAGGCUGCUUGUUCCUUGCAUACUGGAUUAGUGUAUUGUGUUAAAGAAAUUGUAUUUAAAGUAGGUUUACUUGUUACAGUAGGUAAUACAAAGUAGUUUAAAAAUAUUUGUAAUGUGAUUGUGGUUAUAAAAAAUUCAGGUAAAAAGGUGAAGGAAAUACCAAGCAAAUAAUUAAAGUCAAAUAGAAUUAAAAUCUCAUAAAAAUCCAGUUAAAUUUGGGCAGGUUCAAAGUUACCAGGAGCAAAUUUUUCAAACAUCUUAAUAGUCUGGGUUUACAUACUUAUGAAAAUUUUGUUCAUGUGUGGGAUAUGCUGUUGUUUUUGUAAAAUGCUUGGAUAAAUUUUAACAGUUGAACAACACAGCUUUUAAAUGGGUAUCUAGAAUAUUUUUUUUACUUUUGAAAUCAUUUGAUUUUAAUGUUUCUAAUGGUGCCCUGUCUGCCUUUAAAGGCUUAGUCUUAUGCUGGGAGCACCAUUAUCAAGACAAUGUUAAUAGAGAGAUGAUGGUUCCAAGCACUGAUCUGAAUUGUUGAAACAGUGGAGGUUAUUUCUAAAUUCUGAAAACUGCUGGUGAAAUAUUUAGCUUUAAGCCGGUAUGGUAUUAUAAGCAAUCAUUGUAGGAAUCUCUUUAAGUAAAUAAGGAACUGGUAGAAUGAGUAAGGGCAAAUAUACUAUGUUGAAGCAAAUACAGCAAAAUAAUCAAGGUAUAAAAUAAACUUGGUCCUUUCUAACUGCAGAUAAUGUUGUUUUAUGUCCAUCUUCAGCUCAGCUUUUUUUGUUUGUUCCUGUAUUGAAGCUGUAUAGUAUAUUAGAUGCAUCUGCCAUAAUUUUCACGAACAAUCUUACUGUGGUAAAAAGGAAAUAAGUUAUGAAGGAGCAAACCUUUGUUUACCCCUUAUAACUUUGGUAACUAGUAAAUUAAGUUGUAUAGUGCUGACUUGGCAGAAAAUUCUUCCUGGAUAUAAAUUGCCUUAUAUAUUCUGAGAUUAUUUUCUGGUUUUGAACCACAAAGGUAAAACUGAGGUGAAAUUCAAUUCCAUUGAAGAGAAUGAAAGAUUUUUUCAGUAGAGCCACUAUGUUACCCAGGAAAUCCAUUAAAAGGGAUAGACUAACUGAAGCAAGGCUAUACAGAAAAACCAGCCAGUGUAUGAUAAACCAGCCAGUUACAACUCUCUGGGGUAAUGGAGGCUUCCUUUUCUUAUUCACUUAAACAUCAUCCCAGGUGGAAACAUGAAGCCAUUUGUUUUCCAUUGCAAAAUCUGCACCUCUUUACUUUUUAGUGAACAGAUUUGUUUUGUUUCGUUUUAUUUUUCUUGCGGGUGCUGGCUGGGAAUGGGGAAAGAGUAUAAAUGCGUACAACUCAAUAGUGUUUCAAAGUCAGCCAGUGUAUGUUCUGUGAGGUGAAAAAGGUCUACCAAUUAGAAAGAUGUGCUGUUUUGGUUUCUGCUGUAAUACAUACAAGAUGUUUUGGAAAACUGAAGCUUGAUUUGACCCUCUAACCUAAAUAAUAUAAAUCUUUUUGGAACAGAUAAUUUUUAUUCUGGAUUAAAAUUUUGUUCAUUUACUCUACAGUAAUAAAAUAUUCCAGGUGCACAUGAGUAUAAUGCACAUAAAUAAAAUGGGCUCUUAAAAUUGUAAUUUGGGUUGGGUAAUUUAUUGAAGUAACUUGGUCAGUGCUGAGAGAGGUGUCAUGUUUACCUUCUUAUUCUUUCUUGCUAAUGUAAAUUUUUGUAAUACUUUGCAAGUUGCUGAAAUUGUGUUUCAAUUUGCCUUAAUAGUAUUUGAAUUAGGGAUGUAAAUGUAAUGUAAAAAAUUAUCCAUUUAACAUCCUGUAAGUAUAUCGGUUAAACCGUUAACUGAUAACUCCCUUCUUGUCUGCACAGAGGCAGAAAAGGAUCUUGGAGUCAUUAUUGAUUCCAAGACUAACAUGGGCUGCCAAUGUGGGGACACAGUCAGGAAAGCUAACCACACCUUGUCAUGCAUCCAUAGAUGCAUCACGAGCAGGUCCGAGGUGAUCCUCCCCCUCUAUGCGACACUGGUCAGGCUGCAGUUGGAUUACGGCGUCCAGUUCUGGGCGCCACACUUCAGGAGGGAUGUGGAUAGCAUCGAGAGGGUCCAGAGGAGGGCCACUCACAUGAUCAGGGGGCAGCAGGGUAGGCCCUACGAGCAGAGGCUAUGGGACAUGAACCUGUUCAGCCACCACAAGAGAAGGCUGAGAGGGGAUCUGGUGGCUGUCUAUAAACUUGCCAAGGGGGACCAGCAGGCAAUGGGAGAGUCCCUGUUCCCCCAAGCACUACUGGGAGUAACAAGGAAUAACGGCCAUAAGUUGACUGAGAGUAGCUUCAGGCUAGACAUCAGGAGGUACUACUUCACAGUCAUGGCAGCUAGGAGUUGGACCUACCCUGGGGGUCUUCAAAAGGAGGCUAGAUAAUCACCUAGCCGCGGUCGUUUGACCCCAGCAUUAUUUCCUGCCCACAGCAGGGGGUCGGACUUGAUGAUCUGCUUAGGUCCCUUCUGACCCUACCAACUAUGAAACUAUGAAAUGCAUACCUAGUCCUGACUGUGGGGUGCGAAGCCCUGGGCUGGUGCCUACCCCUGGCCUGCUGCAGCCACCUGCCCAGAGCAGCACAGGGAGUCGAGGACCAUUCACAGACUUGCUCAGACACAGCUGCUGCUGGGAAUGAUUCCCCAGGCCUUGGAUAGGGGAGAGGGGGUAGGGAGCAGCAAGUCCUACCAGACAACACAGCUAAUGUUAAGCUGCAGGUGGCAACAGCAGCCAGAGGCUUUCCUAGCUUGCUGCAGCUGCUGGCACAGUGGGAGGGAGGGAGUAGGCAAAUCAGGUUGGGAAUGGGUUUAAGACUUUACAUCUAGCCAACCUCCCAGCCCCUGUGAAUGAGCAGCUAAUAGCUUAAUUGAGUCGUCAGGCCACCUGUUGUUUUCCUCUUUAACCUCAUAGGCUAUGGGUGCUAGUCCCCCCGUCUGCCCCCCCCCCCAACUCCUCUCCUCCUUGUUCCUCACUCCCUCCUUACCUCCCUCUGUCUUACGUGCCCCGGCACCUUCCUGUUCCUGAAGCAAAGCGCCACUUCCCUUCCCUGCUAAACAGUACCCCACACUAAACGUUAACUGGUAAUGCAUUACUUGUGUAGAUAUGCUUGUUGUUUAAAAGUUUAACCUUUCGCAUCCCUAAUCUAAAUCUUUUUUAGUACAACUUUCUGUCUUGCCAUUAGAAGGCUGACAAGCAGGGUCAUAGCCAAGAUUCAAGACACCUGGGCUUUAUCCCUGCUCUGGGUUUACAGGCAGGGGCGGCUGGGAACAGUUUAUUCUGGGGUGCUGGAGGAUUGCAAAUUGCUCAUUUUACCUCCAUGGAGGAAACCAAAGUUACCCUAACAUGAGCUAGGUAGCAUGACUUGGAGUUAACCCUUACCUGAAGUGCUGUAACUCUGAGGUGUUCAUAGGACCUUUAGCACAAAUUUAUGAGCUUUAAUGCAUAGGCUGUCACUUUUUAAAAGCCCUUAGUAUGGUCUAACUGUAACAUGUAACUUCACUCUGAUAUAAAAGGUAUGAGCAUGCAAUGAGGGCACCAGUGGAGAAAAGCAUCUAAGUAUUGGCCUAAAGUUUAAGUCAUUGCAAUAAAGUCAUUAAGAUAUCUUAAAUACAUAAAUGCUUGACCUCAUUUGUGGAGACUAAAUUCAGGAAAGGUCAUGUUUCAUGAAGUAUUUUAUCAGCAUAGCUUUUCUUAUUAGACUACAUAGUAAUCAUAGACAGAAAUUCUCUAAUUCAGUACUUCUAAAAUAUAACUGUUAAAUGUUAGAGAGAGAGACAGCCAUUUUGGGGUGUAUGCUAGAACCAUUUUUUUCAGGGCUGUCUUUGUGGCUAAGUACAGUCAGUCAACAAAGCCAGAAUCAGUAAGAUGACUAAGCAACUCUUAUUGCAGACUGUGACUUUUUCAGGCCCCAUCAUGGUAGGCCCAAGUGUUUUGAAACAGUUCAUUCUUGCUUUAAAUGCAAGAAUGUCAAUUGAUUCCCCACUUUUGAGGGAUUCAUAAGAGGGAAAAAAUUGGCAACCCAAGGUUUCUUUAUUCAAUGAUUGGCAUAGUGGAGUGCAGGCAAAUUGCAUAAGCUCCUAGGCACGUUGGGUAAUACAAAUAAUAAUACAAGAUUUUGUUGCCAGUAGAUUUAAAUAGUGAAUAUGUAUAUUUUGUAACUUUCAGUGUGUUAGUCGCUUAAAGCUUAACUAUGAAGAACCUGAUGUGAUACUUUUAUACUGUUCUUGAUUUGUUACCUCAGUAUCAGCGGACUAAAACUCAGGAGUUCUGGUUUCUAGACUGUUGCUCAGUCCCAUCUAAGUCAGGGGUGACCAAGAUCCAGCCCACAGAGCAUGUCAUCUGGCCCGUGGGGCCAGAAAUAUGUUUGUGUGGUGAGCAGUGCCAGCCUUGGGCUCUAGGCCAUGCUACCUUUCUAACUGUGCAAUAGUAAGAAAGUGUCCAAAUGCUGAGUGCCCCUUACACCUAAGAUCAGAGGGGGUUAUUUUUUUUGUUUUAUUUGUGGAUUUGAGUGAUUGGUUUAAAAUUGAUAAUAGUCUUUGCUGUUUGUUUGUGGGGUUUUUUGCUAGCUAUAUCCAUUGCAUUUAAGUUAGUACAUUUGUAAAGAAAGGAAUACCGGGAUUUAUUGUGGGAAUUCCCUAAUCACUCUAACAUUCUUGUCACAAUGUCUGUGUACACGUUCAGAUGACCUGGGAGAAUUUUCUCCUGGGUUUGUUUCCUGCUAGAAAAACUUACCUGGAGAUACCUGAACAUUCAAGUGCUGAGCUGCUGAUAAGCAAAGUGCUUUCAGUGCUGAUGUUGCACAGCCAAGGACUCUGCAAGCUCCCUCAUUCUGCCCAAAGACAGAUAGCAGCAGUGUACUGGGCAACCCUGAUUGGCUGUCCCAGACUGCUCAGGGUCAACCUGCAUCUCUGCAGCAUAAUGUGGGAUUGUGAAGGGGGGGGGGGGGCGUGUUCUGCUCUGUGCUUGGCUGGAGCAGUAGCCCAAGCAACACAUUGUCUUCUUGGGGGGAAAAUGAGGGAGGAAGCAUGGGAGCAAAGCACCCUAGAUGCUGAAGAACUAUGCUGCAGCUUCUCUCAGAAGGAAAAGUAUAUGGACAUUUGCCCUCCCAGGAAAAAAAAAAACUACUGUUAGUGAUUCAAUUCUGGUUAUUCCCAGGUUGUUGUUUUUUUUCCUGGAGCAGCCAUUUUUGUGCUGAGAGAAAAAUUCUGAUCAUCAGUAUAUUCAUGGCUUCUAGUGGGAGAACAGUGACUCUCCCAGUAGAAACUGAAUGUCUGUAUAUGACCAUGGCACUGAUGUGCAUCUCCAGAUUUUCUGAGUCAUCUGCAAAGUUCUAAUUUAAUGUGAAUGUUAUGCCUUUGUAAAUGUUGUUUAAUCACUUCCUGUAUAUUGUAUAAUUAUUUGAGCAGUAUUUUGGAACAGAGAGCUACUUGCAUACUGUGCAUUCUGCUUUUAUUAAUAAGCUUUGUAAAUUUGACAUGGAGUAAAACAUAAUUUUACUAUCUGAAUUUGUUUCUUUAUGCUAAGGCAACUGUUACUGUAAAUUUUAAAGGGGAAAUUUAAGGAAAAUGUAGUUGUUCUCUUAGACUUUUAUUUUUACUAAACAAAUUAUACUAUCGUAGCAAACAAAACAAUGAGUGAAACUUCAUAUUUUAGUAAGGACUAAUAUUGCUAAACUUACCACAAGAAAAGUGCCUUAUGAUAAGAAAUCUGGAAUCUCUACAAAGUACUGGUAAUGUUCCUUUCUAUAGCUCUGAACUUGUACUACUGGCAAAAAAUGCAUAUGACAAUAUAUAUUAAAUGGUUCUUUGCCUUCCCUGUA